AUGCAAGAUUAUUUCUACGAUGAUUAUACUUCUCCUUUUACGGAAUGUAUUGUUCGUGUUCGUGGUAUCCUUAAACGUAUCACAAAUAUUAGUCGUGCAACAUCUGUUCACAAUGUUAUUGAAGCGUUGUUAUUUAAUACGUACGAAGAUGAUGUUGAACCUAGUGAUUGUUCUUUAUAUAUGGAACGUGACUCAUGCUUAUUUCCACUAAGACAUGAUGAUUACAUCCAAGACUUAUAUGCAAGAUACUGGAAUAGAAGUUCAGAAAUUCUAUUUACACUAGCAUUUAAACGUAUUGCUUCCCCAUCACGUUUGAAACAACGUUAUGCACAACGAAAAAAACUAACACAAAAUAAUCCAAUUUCGUCUACAUUUGAGAACAAUCAUAUUCUGCAUGUGUCUGAACAGUUACGUACACAAGAAUCGUUUAUACGUCAACAACAACAAAUUAUUUCGGAACUACAGAAAAUGGUAUUGAGUGAUAGAACAAAUUCCGACAAUUAUUACCAUUUGAGUAGUGAAAUACAAAAUAGUUCAAAGGAAAAUUAUGCAGAAAAUCGGUCGAUGCGGGAUCAUGCUCGAAAGUCUCGUUAUGAUUUAACGUGUCAAAUAGCAUCUGAUGAAACUCCUAGUGCAAAACAAUCUUAUUUUACCAAUGAAAAUAAUCAAUUAACUAAAAGUCGUUGCCACUCACAUAGUCGAUCGAAAGUACAAUUCAACGAGAAGAAAAUAACCAAGAAGAGUAAAAUUGAAGAAUUACUGAAUGAUUCUAAUUUUUUAAAGAAAUCUAAAGUGGAACAGCCCUCACAAUUGAAAAGUAUCUUAAAGAAAUCUGUAGACAACCAUGGUAGUGAUGGGGACGAUGAGAUGGGGAAAAGAUUAAUGAACAACUGCGACUGGAGACCUCAAAUUGGUACAGCUAUGAUUCGUAGAACACCAAAGUCACUAAGGCGUUCAGUUAGUAUCGAACAAAACAUGCUAAAUUGUGAACAAAAUCAUGUAUUGAAAAUGUUAAAAGAAAAAAGUGAAGGUUCGAAAAGACUUCGAAAAUUAAUUUAUGAAACAGAUUCAGAUAAUUCUGAUACAGGGUCUGAUAUACGACAGUUGGAAAAACGUAAAAAUCUGAUAAAACGAAUUCCCAAACAUGAUCGAUUUCAAAACCCUCGAGUUCUACCAUGUCAACAUACGUUUUGUAAAAGAUGUUUAGAAGGAAUGUUUGAUCCUCAUCAACGUACAAUAUCGUGUCCGACAUGUAGAAGACCAUUGAAUUUGCAACUUGGCAUUGAAAGUCUACCAACAAAUGUGAUAUUGAAUAAUUUGAUGGAUGUACAGCCUGUUAAAGCAAAAUGCAAGUGA